GCCAAUUCGUGCAACAAUCUGGUUAAUGCAACAUGAUACGACAAGAUUUUCAUAGAGUUGACCCCAAGCGGAGGGCCAACUUGGACCCAAGAAAGAAGCAGUUCGCAUCUUCGGCGUUCAAGCAGCAGGACUACCCGCAUCGCUUGAAUUUCUACGAUGUCCCACCGACGGCCGAGAUCACUCUGGAACAGUUCGAGCAGUGGGCGAUUGACAGACUGAAGAUUCUGGCUGAAAUCGAAGCAUGUUCCUAUCGAAACAAGACCGCCGCCGAGACAGCAACCCACAUCACCCCUCUCCUGCAAAAGUUCCUCCCUCUCUCCUCCAACACUUCGUCCUCGUCCGGCGCAGCAGAUGCGAGACUUUCAAAUGAGCGCCAGAAAGACCACUACUCGCACUUCAUCCUUCGGUUGGCGUUUUCCGCGACCGAAGACCUGCGCCGUCGUUUCGUGCGCGCGGAGACGAUGCUCUUCCGGUUCCGAUUCCAACAGGAUGACUCGAAGGAGAAACGCGCCUUUAUAGAGAGCCUCAAUCUAGAAUGGGAACCCGUUGGUGAUGAAGAGAAACGCAAGAUGGCUGAAAAUCUGGUGAGCGCGACUCUUGGUCUACGCCGCGUUGACGACGAGACGUGGUACAAAGUGGAUUGGGAAAAGGUGCCGGAGUUGGUUGAGAGACGGUCGGUUUUUGUGGCUAGGGGCAAGGCCUACGUGCCUGGCAGAGAACAAUUGAGCAUGAUCAUUGCUGAGUUCACCGCUCGUCUAGAGCGCGCUUUGGAGCUGACGAGUCGUGCCCUCCCCCGAUUGGACGAAGACGACCGACUGACUCCGAUCCUGAAUCACCUGUCGAAGAACUUCGGAAGUGCCGAGUCGGUGUAUUCCGAAAGUGAAGGCGUCGUGGAUGGUGCCCCCAUCACGGCGAGCAACAUCGACCGGCUUUCAAACCAUUUCCCCCUCUGCAUGCGCAGUCUGCAUAUGAACCUGCGAAAGAACAACCACUUGAAACACUUUGGUCGACUCCAGUAUACCCUAUUCUUGAAGGGCAUCGGCCUCUCCCUCGAAGAGUGUAUUCUCUUCUGGCGCCAGUCUUUCAAGGGGUUUACGGAUGACGAGUUCAACUCCAGAUACAAGUACAACAUCCGCCACGCCUAUGGUGAUGUGGGCGGUGAUGUCAAUCGCCGUGGUCGUGGAUACCUCCCUUACUCGUGUCAGAAGAUCCUCGGCGAUUCAAAUACCGGCGCCGGGCAGACUCACGGCUGUCCCUACCGACACUACUCGGUCGACAAUCUCAUCGGCCUCCUUCAGUCGACCGGUGUCCAUGACAAAGAAGUGCUACGAGGGGUUCGGGAGGAUGUCGACAGAACCAGGUAUCAUAUUGCCUGUAAUCGGGUUUUUGAAUGGGCGCACAAGACCGAGAUCAAGAAGGUGAAGGAGGACGGGUCCUGGAACCAGACAGACCUCGACACCAUCGUCCACCCGAACACAUAUUUCAAGCGCAGUUACCUGCUCAAACAAGUGGGCAAAGCUCCUCAGAAUGCUUGAGUCAAGCGUCAACUUCACGAAGCUACGUCAUUUGGGGGUUCUUUUCUUCUCUUUUCUUGCUUUCUACCUUCAAUUUUCAUCGUUCUGUGGGUUACUUCAAUGCAGCGUUAAUACACACGCUAUGAUUACGCGAUCCAAUUCUAACAGCAUCCGUACAAAUUUAAUCUGG